AGACAUCUGCAACCGAGGCACAAGAGGACUGUUGUCCGUCAGCUGCUACCGAUCUGCUAUCUCAACCACACCACCACGAUCACCACCGCCAGCGUCGUAAGACGAAAGCAAUGCUCAAGCGGCAGUCUCUGUGGGUGCCGGUGGUGAAGCACAACCCUGCCUUUCUCGACGGCUUCCGCAGGUUCCUCACUAACAACCCCAUUACCAUCCUCAGCUGCUCGUUGAUGAACGUAAAGCCUGAAGACAUUCACGUUGCCCUUGUGCCGGACGCCCGCCACCCGUCCAAGCAGGUCGCAGCGAUGAUGGCCUUUCCGGUCCGGGUAGCCCCGGCGGCCUGCGACAACGUGCAUGAUCACGCGCACCACGACAAGCCUGUUUUACGCCGCGAGAUCGCCUUCGGCUUCGCGACGACGGUCUGCGACUCAUUCAAUUCCCUUCACGUGAUGGAGCGACUAUUACCGCAUUCUAAUGCUCACGUGUCGGUGAACAUCCAGUCGCAGAUGACACGGCCGUUGCGUGAGGGCGAGACGGCGGUCGUGGUCAGCUCGAUCGACAAGUUCGGGAAGCGGCUGGUGUACUGCAAGGCAGAGUUCUUUGUGGAGCCGGCUGAGGGGAGCGGUGUUCUGACGCCUGAGUUCGUAGAGCGGGAAAGGAACUUGAGGACCGUUGACGACCUGCGCGCUGCGCUGAUGUAUUACGAGAAGACGAUGAACGGAACGCACGUGAAGUCGAUCCUGCCGGAUGUGAAGGCGAAGUGA